UGACUCAGGUCGGUUUGGUACGGCAUCGACUGCCGUGGAAUAGCUGUUUAUUUUACUAUGGAAUCCUUCAAAAUCUACGCUUUUAUCAAACCAUCGAUGUCUCAAAAAGACACCAAACCAUAAUGGAAUAACCAAACACCACGUACAGCUCGCCGGUCGCCAAUAUAACAAGUUUUAGUACUUUUAACCGACGCUUAAAAUCAAGCCAUUUUGCCGGCUACGGUGAAGGGUUCGUGUAUUUUUUGGGGAAGAAAUGCAAAGGAAGCAACAUAAUCUUGGAGCAGGCCAAGGAAGAAGUCAAAUACAAAAUCAAAGAAAUACUCAUAUACAAGGCGAUACGCCGCUGCGGAAUCCUCAGAAUUAUCCAGUGCAGGCAGCUAUCAUGAUGCAAGGAGGUCAACGUCCUUACAUGCAAAUCCCAAUGCAACGUCCAAUAAGGGGAGCCACCAGGGCAAUGUACUCCUCUUCUCCUCAAGCUCAUUCACCAAUGCAGGGAUACCUUACACCACAGCAGAAUAUUUCUUUUCAAAUGAUGGGGCAGGAACCUUUUGGCCAAGUUAUAAGUAGGCCAGCAUACAUUCCAAAUGUGCAACAGGCUUACCCAGUUCAACCUAAUCCCACAUUUCCACAAAGUCAAUAUAUACACACACAACAACCAUUCUAUCCAGGAAUGCAACCUAUGUACUAUGUGCAACCAAACCCACCUAUGCAACAACCACCACAACAGUCAGCACCAACUCAAAACACAGCAAUUCAACAGAACAAUGUAGGCAAACCUAAACCGAAACGAUCUAGUAAAAUUGUCAUUCGAGAUCCCAAAGACCAUAAAGAUGUUACCGAUGAAAUUCUUUCCAAAACUAGUACAGCAAAUGGCCGAUCCAGCAGCACCCCUCCACUGGCAAAUGCAACAGCUCAGACAGAAUCAUCCAACAUCCAGGCACAGUUUGCUGCUCAGGUUGCCGCUGUUGCCAACGAUACAGGUAAAGGGAAACAAGUGGUUGAAAAGAAAGCUGAAAACACAGAGAACGAUAACAAGGAACCUCCAAUUAAAACUGCUGACGAAAUAGAUGGAUCAAAAACAGAAGUUACCUUCCAAAAUAAACAAGAAAAUGGCUCUAUAGUUGAUGAUCAAAAUUGUCCUAAAGUUUUAGCUGAACCCAAGACAGAAAAUCCAAACAAAGUGACUAGUCUAUCAAAUAAUGAAAGGACAGAAAAUAGUGCAAUCACAGCCGAAAAAACACAUUUAAAUCAAAGCUCCCCAACUUUGGAAGAAAUGACAGAAAAAUUGAAAAUGAGUAUCGGGCCUGUAAAGGAAGCUCCAAGUGAACAAAAGGUUGUGCUUUUACGAGCUGAUAGAGGGGCAACAAAAAAUGGGGAAAAAGCAACAGAGAGUUUGGUACCAGAAAAUGUUGGUAAGGAAAAAGUGGUCACUGAAAAUAUAGUUAACACCAGUUCAGUUGAAAAAGCAAAGGAUGAAAAUACAGAUAAAUGUUUGGACAAUUCUCAAAAUUCUGAAGAUGUGAAAACAUGCACUAAUGCAGCACAAACUGAUGUUCUUUCUGGUAAAGAUGAAAAUAAUGUUCCAAGGCUUACUACCACCAAUGAAAUGAAUGUCCAACCAGUUUGUAACCAAGAGGAAAAUGUGACUGUCAGUGAUGGACAACCAAAUGACAACCGAUCAGAUGAAAUUCCUAAAGAUGUUCCAAUGCAAGAACCUGUCGCACCACAACAGGAAGCAAAACUAGAAGAUAUAAAAGAUGUUGCAGAGACAGAUGGGAAGACACAGGAAGUAGAACCACAAGUUGAGAAACCACAUGUUGAGAAAUCACAAGAAAAGGACAGGACUCAAGGAGAGGAAAGUGAAGAGAACAAAGAACAACAAGAUGACAAACAACCACAAGCUGAAAAGCAAGUCCAGACAAAACAGGAAACUUCAGGAUCAGAUGAAAAACAGCAAAAAGACUACGCACCUCAACUACCAAACCCUGUGUAUGCAGAUAAACCAGAACAAAAACAGGAUAAUCCAAAAGUGGACAAUCCAAAGCCGCAGGAAAAACAACUGAGAACAGCAGAACCACCUAAGAAGAAAUCCUCAAAACAAAGAUUCAAGGAUAUAAAUAAGAAAGAGACUGGAGGAGACAUGAUGGAUGCAUAUACAGAUAAACCACCACCAGAGCCUGUCGUAGAGGAAAAGUUGAAGCCGGUUGAGAUUGUACCAGAACAGAGUGAGAAACCUUUGGAGGAAGACUUGAGCUGGGAGGACAAGGGAGAGAAGAUUGGGGAUGAAAUUAAGAUAGAAAAAGAAACUGACACAGCGACUCCUGCGGUCGAGCAGACGAAGCGAAAAUAUGAACGCGAUUUCCUGCUGCAAUUCCAAUUCAUGCAAGUGUGUACUGAGAAACCAGUUGGACUACCUGAUAUCGAGGUCGUUCUUGAUGCCCCAAUACCGCCCAGCAAAGGAGGCGGCUCGCAAAGAGGUGGAUCAGAUUUCUUACCCUCGUAUGCAAGACAGAAAAGCCAGGGUGGUGGUGGAAGACGUGAAAGCCGCGGUAAACCCCCACCUCGCAAGAUAAUCACCGCUGCCCCAGCACCUCCCGUGGUUCUGAAACAAAGUGAAAAUCGUUGGCAGCGACCCGAGGCAAAAGAAAAGGAAUUAUCAGAAGAGGAAAAGAAAACGGCUGAAUUAUACCGUAAUGUGAUCGCCAUCUUGAAUAAACUUACUCCACAAAAGUUCAAGACUUUGGUAGAGCAGAUCUCCAUGCUUAACAUUGACACACCUGAACGUCUCGAGGGAGUAAUCGACAGGAUAUUUGAAAAGGCUAUAGGGGAGCCAGUGUUCAGCGUUGCUUACGCCAAUAUGUGUCGAUGUUUGUUUACGAUAAAAGUUUCUGAUGCGGAUGGAAAAGACGUGUCUUUCCGGAAAUUGUUGCUGAAUCGAUGCCAGAAAGAAUUUGAAAAAGAAAAAGAAUGUGAGAACGCUUUAUUGGAGAAAAAUUCUCAGCUUGAAGGGUUGUCGGAGGAAGAAAGAAAGAAGGGAAAGGAGGAGAUGGAUGAAGCUCUAGCAAAGAAUAAACGGCGGAUGUUGGGGAAUAUUAAGUUUAUUGGAGAGUUGUUUAAGCUAAAACUACUGACAGAAAAUAUCAUGCAUGAUUGUAUAUUUAAACUGCUUCGAGCUGGCGACGAGGAAAGUUUAGAGAGCAUGUGUAAAUUGCUGUUUACUAUCGGCAAAGAUCUUGAUUCGGAUAAAGCGAAGCCUCGAAUCGAACAGUAUUUUGACCAAAUCAACAAAAUUAUAGCAGCUAAGAAAGUUUCAUCACGGGUCACGUUUAUGCUCCGUGAUGUGAUCGAGCUUCGUGUGAACAAAUGGGUGCAUCGUAGGGAAGAACAGUAUAAUCCCAAGACGAUUGAUCAGAUCCACAAGGAGGCACAGGAGGAGAAAAUAAAGGAGCAAAGAUUGGUAUCCCAGCAGGCGCUCAAGGACAAGCAGAAAAAAGGAGGACCAGGGGGUCGCGACAGUCCAAAACCAACAUCAAACGAUGGCUGGAUUACAACGGGAAAGAGCGGAAAACCGAUGUCUAUUGAUCAAAAUAAACUGAGAAGCAUGGCCGCCAAGCGAACGAAUGCUGACGAAAUCUCACUGGGUCCAUCUUCACGAUUCGGUCAAAUGUGGGGUCGUGGUAGCUCUGCUGGUUUGAGUAAUUCCCAGCAAGAACAAGAUCAACCUCAGGGGAACAGGUUUAACGCAUUGAGUGGGGGCGAUGUCUCAUCCAAUCGACCGUAUGAUCCAAGACGACCAUCAUCUGGUUCAAGGCCCUCGUCGGCUGGUUCGCGAGGAAGUGAUAAAACCCGGGUGAAAAGUGAUCGGGAUCGUGAGAGCGCACUUGAAGCAGUCCGAGCUCUUACAAAGCAACAGAGUGAGAAACCUCCAGUCGCACAGCCUCCACCCGCAAACAAAGAUCGACAAGAAGUCAAAGCGAGCAAAGAAACAAACGAGCCGGUCAGGCAAUCUAGCGAGCCUCCAAGCCAACCCAGUGAGCCUGUCAAAGAACCAUUGAGUGAAGAGGAAUUAGUAAGAAAAACCACGGCACUAAUCGAUGAAUAUGUUAACAUUCAAGACAUAACGGAGGCGAUGGCGUGUUUCACAGAUCUUCACUCUCCAACCUUGCAUCAUGUUUUUAUACUGACUGCUGUCGAGCAUACGUAUGACAUGUCAGCCAGAGCCCGCAAUGAUACUGGUCGGUUGUUUGCAGAACUCUUAUCGCGGAAAAAACUAUCCAAAGAACAGCUUACUGCAGGAUUCAACAGUUUAUUAGCGCUCGCAUAUGAUAAUGCCAUAGACUACCCAAUGUUAUGGAAAUAUUUUGCCGAAAUUAUUACUCCAGUUAUUCAUGGAGGUCUCUUCACCCUUUCUGAUCUCAAACCAUUGAUAUUUGAGCAUCUGAUUCCUGUUGGCAAAGCUGCUGUCUUGUUCGCCGAAAUUCUACUGAUGAGUAAAGAAAAAGCUGGCGAAAAUACGACAAUUGAAAUCUGGAGGAAUGCUGAAAUUUCGUGGGGCGAGGUUUUGCCUAAAGAGUCUUCAAAGGAAAACUUUUUAUCACAAAAGAAUCUAAAUUUUUUGCCGAACGAAAGCAAUGAGAAAUUGUUGAGGUUACUCCGUACUGAUCAAUUCAAAAAUGAUACCGUAUUUGCUCAUAUUGAGCAAAACUUUAAAGAGGAGAAAAGGAAAGAGUCGGAAUUUAUAAGUCAAUUAGUUACAGCUGUAGCUGAAAGUUGCAUAGUAAAUAAAGACCCCGAGUCAGGUCCAGAUUGUUGCCAGGAGAAAUUAAAAGCGAGAAAGGAUAUAUUACGUAAAUAUCUGGACAACAAUAACGCGCUGGAACUCGAAGCGUUGUUUGCCCUACAGGAUAUAUAUUUGAAAUACAAUAAGCCGAAAACAAUGCUGUCGAAAUUUUUUGACACGCUUUACGAUGAGGAAGUCAUAACAGAAGAAGCAUUUAUGAAUUGGAAACAGAACGAAGAUCCAAGCAGACAAGAAGCCAAAGGGCCUGCGCUCCAAGCAACGUCUUCGUUUUUCGAUUGGCUUCAGGCAGCAGCCGUCGAGGGCGGCGAGAAAUAAACUAAUUGCGAGCAUUUGAAUGCCUAAAUUUGAAAUGAAUACGGACACGAUGAAUGACUGCUGCAUUGGAAAUGAUUUGUAACCCUGAAGCGAAAAAGAUUAAUCAACAAGCAAAACAAACAAGUUAGAAAUUUGUUUCGGCUAAAUCCUGAGAACAUGUUAUGCCUGCAAGGACAAACUUUUUCAAAGUCUUUAUUUAUAGAAUUUAUUUUGGUCAAAAUCUAUCUAAUCUCCUUUUUGGGAGGUGAAGACAUAAAAGAAUACUGUGAAAUAAUAAAUAUUAAUAAUUGCA